GUGUGUGUGUGUGUGUGUGUGUGCGCGUGUGUGUGUAUGUAUAUAUAUAUAUAUAAAGAUAUGUACCCCACAGUGACUUGUGUUGAUGCAAUAAUGUGCCAAACUGAAUGUACAUGACCGUUGACUACACGCGUGCGUGACCAAAUGAAUACUUGUAUGUGAAAAAAUAUACAGGAACAUGGGGAAUGCACAAUAAUUGCUAAGCUUGUGAAGUUUUUUAAUGCACAUACUUUGUGGCCACCAUGAAGAUAACGUGCCUUUCCCAUGGCCUUCAUGGUUCCUGUGUGGUAGUAAAACACCGCUCUUAUACCAUACUCAUCGAUCCCUUCCUCAGUCCUGAGUUCCUCUUACACUUUAAGCCAGUAUCCGAUCGCAUAGCACACGACACAGCUGGUACACAACACACACGCAAGUUGCGCGUUCAGUCACAUCAACAGCCUCGUAAACGUAAACGUAAAUCUACACGUGUCCAGAAUAGUGGUACUGUAGUAGGGGUAACCGAUGGCGAUAUACGUAAUGGCAUAGUCAGUCAAAGUGCUGCGAGUUUGACACGCAAUGAACCUGCUGAAGUGGAUCAUGUCUCGAUCAGUGGCGAGGUGUCCUCGGCUUUAUACAGUUUGAAAUCUUCCAUUAUUCACGGUAGUCUGCACACCGAUAUAAGCGAUAGCAACCGACACAACACAGAUCACAAUAGUUCAAGCCCACACGAAAGAGAAGGCCUGGAGAGCAUAAACGGGCGAGUAUAUGUGAGUGGCAAGCCACACUGUCAGCUACCAGCACUGGAGGGCAUCGACUUGAGCUCAGUAGACAUAAUCUUAUGUUCGAAUUGGCACUCAUGCCUUGCAUUGCCUUAUAUCACGGAGUACACGUCUUUCCGAGGGUUUGUAUACGCGACAGAGGCGACGAAGAUACUGGCUAGACAGGCUAUGAUGGAGCUAUCUGCAUACGACACACGCUUGCCCUGGACGGCUGACACGCAUUUAACACGAGAAGCGAUGGAGUACGUGCACUCGUCGCAUAGCGUAGCACCUGAGUGCAUCCGCGAAAUCUACAGCUGCGGGGUUGUACAAUCUUGUGUCGAGAAGAUACAGGAGGUAUCGUUUAACCAGCCUAUCUCCAUAUCGGGUGUGCUGACUCUUACGGCUACCAGUGCGGGCCACAGUCUGGGCAGCUGCUGUUGGUCGGUACAAACGAGCAUCGGUGCUACCUCUGAAGCGCAAAUGAUGGGUGAGGGGAAAACGCGGGAAGACCAUCACAUCGGAGAGAAGCUAGUGUACAUGAGUGCUACUUCCCUGGACACUGCCAAUAUCACGAUGCCUUUCGAUCCCACAUGUCUAAAGCACUGUGACGCGCUUAUCAUGACAGGCCUUUCGCCGCGUGACCCCUACACCCCCACCCCGCUCAAACACGUGAUAACACGGAUAUUGAAGGAGGUACUGGAGACCGUCUUAACCGGUGGCUCUGUUCUUUUCCCCGUACAUCCAUCGGGCAGCAUCACACUCCUUUUAGAAGAGCUACAUGCUUACCUCAACUCCCACGACAGGCAGGGAGUGCCCUUCUACGUUGUCUCUCCCACUGCAAGAGCAUCGGCACUCUAUGCAAACAUCUUUACGGAAUGGCUGAACCAGCACAGGGCUGACAAGGUGUACACACCAGAGUAUCCGUUUGAGUGGGACAAGCUAAUCCGUGCGCAGCGGCUGACAUUUAUCUCAGAUAUUAAUGAUCCGAAGGCGGAGAAUCUAUUCCGCAAACCUUGCGUGAUAUUCGCCGGACACCCUUCACUGCGCCUGGGCGACGGCGUGGCGUUCUUGUGGGAAAUGGGACAGGAUCCACGAAACCUUGUCGUGUGUACAGAACCCGAAUACGCCCACUCGACAGUGCUGGAUCCAUUCCGACCGCUGGGGUGCAGAGAGACGUACUGUGCGAUGGAUACGCGCAUGGAUGUGCGGGAAGCUUCGGAACUACUCGCUAAGUAUACGCCACCACUGCUCUUGCUCCCAGAUGUCUUCAGCCCUGACAAGGCGACCUCAUACACAACCGAUAGAAGGCCUAUAUUGUCGGUUGAAGUGAACCGCAGUCAGACUGCGCUUCUCUCCAUGACGUGUGGCGUGCCGAUCAAAAUCUCCGUCUCAAAACCAUUCCGCGCAGCAGCUAUCUCGAACGAUCUCGCGGCACUGACGAAACCUGUAGCAGUGGGCAACGGCAACCACUUCGCACCCGUUAGCGGCCUAUUGAAUCUAAAAGACAACGAAAAUUUACUAGUAGUCGACACCGAUCCACCGCGCACAGAUGGGGAACGAGUUUGGGAUAUGCGUCGACAUCUGACGGGUAAUCUGGCGGUGGUCGAUAUCUGUACCGACCUUGUCGCUCAACUGCCUGCGAAUCUUGAGGUGACACGCCACCCCACACUAACGAACACGCACGUGUUGAAAUUGACGGACAUUGGCGUCACCAUCACUCUGAGCCCCGCAACGAGCCACAUAGCAAUGCGCGAUGACAACGACACACUCCGACAGCGCAUAAAAGCGGUGCUCCUCAAAUAUCUGAAAGAAUACUGAUUUUAUGUGAAUGUAAUGAUAGCUAUGAAUUAACUUAGACCACACAGUAUAUGCUUAUCUCGGCUAUCAGUAAAGCAUAUUUCAAUGACUC